AUGGCUCACGAGGCCGAGAUGUUCGCUUGGUACAUUGAGGGUUGGGAAUCGGAAUGGGGUAAAACCUGCGGUUCCUUCACAGACCAAACGGUGCUGAGUUCCACGUGUUUUGUACACUACACACCUGGACGCAUGCCACACAUCCGUAGAGGGUCUACCCCGGACACCUUGCAGGUCUUCUCCAUCAAGCUUGCAGAAAUAACCGGUGGCCUCCGAUGGCCAUUGUCUGUGUACGGCGUGGUCGCCACCCGAGACACCGUGGAAAACAACCGCAAUCUUAUCUUCUCUUGCGAUAGGAGCCAUGCCCAAGAACUGAAACAAGAUGAUCCUUUUUUGCACUUGAUUGGCCCGUCCCGUGCAAUUGUGUUUGAGGACAUGCUCGACUUCGAAAUCCAAUUAAAAGUGAAAGGUACAACCCAGUCUGAAGAUGAAGCACUGAUCAGACAUGUAUGCAGUUACGCGGGAGGAGGAUAUGGUCCUGGUGUAACUAUUAAGAACUGUUUCUGCUCGCUGGAGUUAUGCCUGCAGCGAGUUACUCGAUCGGUCCAGGCCAGUAUUGUGAGUGUCCAGGUUGUGAAAGGGUCAUGGCCCUUUGAAUAUGGCGGACGAGUUGCUUGCUACUCGCUGUCAGGAGAAUUUGUGCCCACGGAUAGGGGAGUUGUCCGUGCUAUUGAUCCCUCGUCCAGCCAAAUUGUGCUGCAUGAUUCAAAAGAUGGAGCGGAACUGAAAGGUUUCCAUGGUUAUGUGCAUCUUUCGAGGCGGGUUGUUUCGGUAGGAAUUAGAGGAAUGUUGGAUGUUGAGAUACAAGCCUACUCCAAAUCUGGUGAUACCGCUACACGAGGUCAUGUCAGUUUCCUGCCCAAACUUUGCAACAUAAGCCAUGAGAAAUGUGACCUAGAUGGCGCUGAGGUAGUGGUUACUGUUGCUUGGUCUCUUGUCCCUACGGACAAGCGGGACAUCAUGGCAGAGGGAUGGAGCGGUGCGAAGGUUAUUUGA